AUGCCGCACACGGCGGAGGAGCUCGCCAUGCUGGCCUUCCUGCGCUUCGCGCGCGGCGCGGAGCCGAUGAGUGCGGCCUGGCGGACGCUGGAGCGGAACUUCCUCGAGGAGGAGAUCGACCUCGAGGCGCUGCCGCUCAUCGAGACCGCGGACCUCGACGACCUCGUGCCGGCGUCCGCGCGGCGCGCGCUCGACGCGGCGCUCGGCCGCUGGCUCGCCGGCGACGCCGCGCUGCUCGCGGCGCUGCCGCGGGGCGCGGCGCCGCCGCCGACGGCGCCCGCGGCGCCCGCGCGGCCCGCGGCCGCGCCGCCGCGGGCGGACGAGCCCGACUUCGCGCGCGAUUUUCUGGCCCACAAGGCCUCGCUCUUCGGCGACGGCCGCGCGGGCCCCCGGGACGAAGGGUCCGUCGCUUCCGCGGCGCCGUCUGUCGCGGCGUCCGCGGCGACGUCGGCCGCGGCGACGGCGGCGACGGCGGCGGACGCGGCCGCGGUGCACGCGGCGCGGACGCCGGCCGUCGCGGACCCGCGGGACCUUCGCGACGCCGUGCGCUACGGCCGCAAGGCGCCGCGCGACGACGGCCACUGGCUCUACACGCACCGCGGCCAGUGCUACCUGACGGACGCGCUCUCGCGGCGCUGCCUCGCGACCUGGGAGGCCGCGCCCGAGGCCGAGGCGGCGCCCGCGGCGGCGGCCGCGACGCUCGACGCGCCGGACGACGCGCCCGCGGCGCCGCUCGAGACGCUCGAGGCGACGUCGCGGUCGAAGCAGCGCAAGGAGCGCCAGGCGGAGACGCGCCAGCGCCGGGCGGACGCGAAGCGCGAGCAGGAGUCGACGCGGCUCGCGGCGGCGGCCGCCGCGGAGGCCGAGCGCGCCGAGCAGGCGGCGCUCAAGGAGCGGGCCAAGGCGCGCGCCAGGGAGGCGGCCAAGGCGCGCGCCCAGGAGGAGGAGGCGGCCAAGGCGCGCGCCAAGGAGGCGGCCGACAAGGCCCGCGCCAAGGAGGCGGAGAAGCGGCGGCGCGCGGCCGCGAGCGCCAAGGCCGCCGAGGCCGACGCCGAGCGGAGCCGCGCGGAGACCGCGCGGCGCGACGAGGCCGCGGCGCGCGAGGCCGCCGUCGCGCGGUCGCGCGAGGACGCGGCGAGCCAGCGCGCGGAGCGCCAGGCCGCGCGGCUGCGGCAGCGGACGGCGGCGGAGGUCGUCGUCGAGGAGGAGGACGACGACGAGGCCGCCGUCGCCGAGCGCCUGGAGGAGCGCCUGAAGGAGGAGCGCCUGGAGGAGCGGCGCGCGGCCGUCGAGCGGUCGCGGCGCGAGGCCCAGGAGGCGCGGGACCGCGCGCGGCGCGUGGAGCGAGCGCGCCGCGAGGCGGCGGUCCGGGCCAAGGCGGCGACGCUCGCGCGCGAGCGCGGCGGCAUGGCCCGCGAGGACGCGCACUCGCGCGCGCGCGGCGACGACGACGCCUGCGCGCGCGAGGCCGCGCUCGCCAUCGCGCGCGUCCUCGACCUCGACGACGCCCGCAAGGCGCGCUACGCCGCGCCCGAGGCCGCCUGCGAGGCGGCCAACGACGUGCUGCGGGCGACGGUCGAGCUCUUGAGCUGGGACGACUUCGUGCGCCGGGGCCUGCUCGUCCGGACGCGGGACGGCGGCCUCGACUGGGUCGACGACGACCCCGACGCGCUCCGCGCGGGCCUCGAGCGGGCCGUCGCGGAUCUCGCCGAGCACGCGGCGCGGGCGAAGCGCGCGGCCGCGGGCUGCCGCGCGGCGGCCGCGGAGCUCGGGUCGACCUUCGACGGCUUCGCGCGCGACGCGCUCGGCGUCGCCGGCGGGACCGACGGCGCGGAGGUCCGGCGCGCGGCGCGGCGGCUGUCGCUGAGCUGCCACCCGGACAAGCUCCGCGGCGAGACGCGGGGGCUCCGGCUCCGCGCGGCGCGGACCUUCGACGUCGUCGGCCUCGCCCGGGACGCGCUCGCCGACGACGCGGACCUCGCGGCGACGGAGGCGAUGUGGGCCCGCGGCCGCGGCCUCGGCGACCACGCGGCGCACCUCGCGCCGAUGACGGCGGCCCUCGAGGCGCUCGGCGCCGAGAUGAAAAAACACCCGGUCGCCAAGGGCGUGCGGCGCCGGCUCAAGCGCUUCACGCACAUCGUCGCCGACGACGGCGAGUUCGAGAAGGUCCUCGUCCCCGAGGAAGACCUCGAGGCGAUCGGCCUCUGGCGCGACAAGUUCCAGCGCCGCGACGUCUACGCGGCGCACAAGCGCUACGGCCCGGGCAAGGGCUUCGCCCUCGUGCCGAAGAACGGGUGGCUCGUCCGCUUCUACGUCGUCGACCCCGUCGACGAGUUCGUCUACGACGUGACGACGUUUAUCAAGCACCGCUUCCCCGACUCCAUCAAUUCCAUGAGCAACGACGACCUCGUCCGACGCUUCAGCUUCACGCUGGGCGUCCAGCCGCUCACCGCGCGCGCGUCCCGCGAGCUCUGGGCGAGGCGCCUCGGCGCGCCCGCCGCCGGCGGCGGCGGCCUUUCCGUGCACCACGAGGACGAUUGGGGCGUGCCGGGCCCGAUCCACCGGCGCGGCGGCGGCGGCGGCAAGAAGAAGAAGGGCCGGCGGCGCUAG